AUGUGGUUGGCCACGUUAACAAUUUUUGUAGCCGUCUGCUUGUACAUCUACUAUGACACUCAUAAACCUAAGAAAUUCCCACCGGGCCCGAAGUGGGUUCCUAUCCUUGGUUGUGCCAGCGAAGUGUAUAAACUUCGAGAAAAAACUGGCUAUUUAUACAAAGCUGUGAGAGAACUCUCUCUGUCCUAUUCUAAAGAUGGCUCCCUGCUUGGUCUAAGAAUCGGAAAAGAUAGAAUCGUAAUGGUAAACAGUCUAGAAGCUAACAAAGAAAUGCUCUUCAAUGAAGACAUUGACGGAAGACCCAAAGGCAUCUUCUAUCAAACAAGAACUUGGGGAGAGAGAAGAGGAGUACUCCUCACUGAUGGAGAGCUGUGGAAAGAACAGAGAAGAUUCCUGUUACGGCAUUUGAAGGAGUUUGGAUUCGGUAGACGAGGAAUGGAGGAAAUCGCAAGAUCGGAAGCGCGGCAUAUGGUCAACGAUGUCAUGACAGUUGUUGGUGACAAUGACGGGAAGACAGCCAUUAUACAGAUGCACAAUUUCUUUAAUGUGUACAUUUUAAACACGCUGUGGACGAUGAUGGCAGGCAUCAGGUACAAACCUACCGAUCCUCAGAUGAAGGUCCUCCAAAGUCUUUUAUUUGACUUAUUCGCCGCAGUUGACAUGGUCGGUACUCUCUUCAGCCACUUUCCUAUCCUGAGCAUUUUGACUCCUACUUUAUCAGGGUAUAAAGACUUCGUACGAACGCACAAAAGAAUAUGGAAAUUUCUUCGAGAGGAGUUAGCUAGACAUAAGGACCGGUUUGAUUCUACACAAGAAGAUAGGGAUUUCAUGGAUGUGUACAUAAGAGUUCUCAAAGAGAAAGGAGAGGUGGAGUCAUAUUCGGAAGGUCAGCUCGUGGCCAUGUGUAUGGACAUGUUCAUGGCUGGCACGGAAACUACUAGUAAGAGUAUGAGCUUCUGCUUCAGUUACUUGGUAAGGGAGCAAGAGGUGCAGAAGAAGGCUCAGAAAGAGAUUGACAGAGUAGUCGGUAAAGACAGGACACCCAGUUUGGAUGACCGUCCCAAUAUGCCGUACAACGAGGCAAUAGUGCACGAAUGUGUACGACAUUUCAUGGGGCGGACAUUUGGAGUACCUCAUCGUGCCCUAAGAGACACCACUCUAGCUGGAUACUUUAUUCCAGAGGACACGAUGGUGCUGAGCAACUUCACAAACAUCCUGAUGGACGAGGAGAUGUACCCAGAGCCUUAUGCCUUCAAGCCAGAACGAUUUCUUGCUGAAGAUAAGAUCUGUCUACCAGACCAUUACUUUCCCUUUGGUCUGGCCAAACACAGGUGCAUGGGAGACGUAUUAGCAAAAUGCAAUAUUUUCGUGUUUACCACCACCAUGCUGCAAAAGUUUUCUUUCCUACCAGUUCCUGGAGAACCUCUACCUUCACUAGAUCAUGUUGAUGGGGCUACUCCAUCCGCAGCUCCCUUUAAAGCUCUGGUGGUACCAAGGAAGCAGUAGAAGUCUCCAUAAUCCAAGUUAGGACCAACUCCUCGUCAGAAAUGAGAGACGAACGAGCGAAUAGAAAAGUCAGCGUAUGACAUUGAUAACUUUCGUAACAAUUAUGUUAGGCU